GGUCCGGGCACCCCGGGAGUCUCGCAGCCGGGAGGGAGGAGGCACCGGCCCGCAGCCCCCGCCGCUGACCCGCAGCUCCCCGCACCCGCCUCGUAUCCGCACCCGCCCUGCCAGCCAGCGAUCGUUAUCGCCCCACGACCUGUUUUUCCAGAUUAACCGGUAAAAACACCGUAUUUGGGGCCCUGGCAGCGGCAGGUCCGCUCCCCACGCAGCGGACGGGCUGAGCCUCCCUCCGCUCCCACCCCUUCUUCACCUCUCCGUGUCCCCGCUCGGUGUCAUUUUCCCACCCAACCCCUCACUGAGGUGAUCACUCCCGCGAGUUGAGGUUUGCUUUCCAUCUGUUCCCUAUAAAAUAUUUAUCUCCCGUGAAUAAUUAACGCCGGCCUGCUUGUCGCUCGGAACGCGGCCGGGGCAGAGCGGGGUCCCGGGCACGGCCAGGCCCCGAGUGUGAGGGGGCGAUGGGGGCGUGGCCUCCCCUUGCUUUGCGGGUCCCGCCCCCUGCUGCUCCCACCAAUGGCUGUGCACCGGCCGUACGGAAGAUGCGCGGCCAUUGGGCGGAGCGGCGGGGGGCGGAGCGUGGCGUGGGCGCGCUGCCGGGUCGGCCCCCGCUGCCCUCAGAGCCCCCUCAGCCGGGGAGCGGUGAGGGGGAGAGAGGGGAAGGUGUGCUGGUCAUGGCGCUGCUGCUGGAACACGAGUUCAAGCCGCUGCCGGCUGAUAAGCAGAUCGAGACUUUGCCCUUCCUGGAGGCCGUGGCGCACCUGCCGCCGUUCUUCGACUGCCUGGGGACUCCGAUUGUCUACUCGCCUGUCAAAGCAGACCUGACUGGAAAUAUUAAGAAAAUCCGGGCAGUUUAUGACUCCAACCCUGCCAAGUUCAAAACGCUGCAGAACAUCCUGGAGGUGGAGAAGGAGCUGCACGGCUCGGCCUGGCCCAAGACGGGCGCGACGCUGGCGCUGAUGUGGUUGAAAAGGGGUCUGAAAUUCAUUCUGGUGUUGCUGCAGAGCAUCUCUGACGGUGAGAGGGAUGAGGAGCAUCCCAACCUCAUCCGAGUGAACGCCUUGAAAGCUUAUGAGAUCGCACUGAAGAAAUACCACGGCUGGAUGCUGCAGAAGCUCUUCACGGGCUCAGUCUACGCUCUUCCCUACAAAUCCGAUUUGCUGAAGGCCUUGGAGAAGGGUAAAGAAGUCAAGGAAGAGGAAAGCAUAGAAAAAAUCCACCAGUUUCUCACGAGGGUCACUCCAAUCCUGGAUGCAAUUUAUGAGAUGUACACGAAGAUGAACGCUGAGCUGAGCUACAAAGCCUGAAGCUGGCACAGGAUUGGCACAGAUUAAAUAACGUGUGAUGGGUGUUGCCUGUGUCUUCAUCACUGAGGCAGCUGGGGCAGCUCCCAGCUCUCCGGUGACUUCCAUUCCUGUCUGGAUCUGCAGUGGAUAACGCCUUUUCUAACCAAAAAAGUAACAGUAAUUAACUUUCUAUUAAGAAUACGGCAAUAAAACAAUUGUGGGUGUCACCCUCGGAUUUCCCAAGAGGAAGAACAAGUGUUUCUAGUCCCAACUCUCGGAUUCCUGCCUUCAGUGGGGCAGGGAAUGAAGUGUCCUGCUGAUGGAUGAAGUGGCACUAGGACUGUGCCUGGAACCCACCGACAGACACCUCGUGUUGAUUGGCACUGGAUUGCCCAGAAUGAUGCCCGUGGUGGAGGAGCUGAUGACUUUGGGGUGACCCCAACUCCUCCAGUGCUGGUGUGGGAUCGAGCCCCUUCGCUGGGAUUCAGAAACCAGGGAGUGUCCCCGUGGUGUUUGUGGUGCCUUAUGAGCCCCCCUGGCCUCCUGAGCCCCGGCGGGAGCAGCAAUUAAUAAAAACUGACAGUACCCAUG